UGGUUUUCUUGAGGUCCAGCUUAAUGGUUAGAAGCAAAACAAAAGCAUUUGGGUAUCAGCACUAAGGAGUUCAUAAGCCACAAAGAAAUAAACUUAAUUGCAUCUUCCUAGAUAUUUCCUGAUCUACUUACAUAUACAGGAUUUCAGUAAGUAGUUUCUAGGUAUGAUUUGAUGGUUUUCCAUACCUUGUUUAAUGCUUUUUACAGCAUAGUUUCAGCUCUGUCCCUACUUGUCCCCUCUCUGGAGAACAACAAUAGACAGACAGCAGAAAAGCUUUUCCCCCUAAUUUAAAAAAGUUCUAGUUCUCCCAUUGGCUUUUUUGGUCAUAUGCCCAACUCCCUUCCUUUUACCUAUGGGCUUUUUAAACCCUUUACAGGUAAAGCAAGUAGACAACAACUACUAACAGGGAUUUUGUAGCUAACUGGCUGGCUGAGUGUUCAUAAAAGGGAGCAAACUCCUCCCCCCCUUUCAUUGAUCACACCUGUAGUGGUAGGGAUAUAUUUUAUGGAAUUAUAGUGAACCAGUAUUAACUGCAGUCAUGAAGCUGAACUUGAACAAGUAAUUUCUGUUCAUUUAUCCAGGCAGGUAAGAGUACAAUGUUUGUAACUGCUUUGACGGUAUGAAGAGGCAGGAUGAGCUGAUGGAUCACAGUGUGACUACCUCAGACACUGCCUUUUGUGACCUUAUACAAGUUACUUACAUCAACAUGGUCAGAAGUGGUCUUUAACUUUGCAUGUCAAUUUCUGGCUGCCUAAUUUGAAACUAUGACGACACUUAUUUGGAGCUGCAUGUGCAAAGCACCUUUGAAAACCAGGCCUAAGCAUGGAUGUGGUUUGGGGGGUGGGGGUGUUGUCUCCCAAACUGCAAGCCUCAAGAAACUUUGGAAUUUGCUUCCCUAUUGGUCUGACUGGAGUUGUCCCCCCAAAUAUAGAAGUCAAACUGUGCCUAUGAGUCUAAGAUGUCUCAAGUUGGGAGCCAAAAAUUGGAGUACCCAGAAACUGGCUUUAUCUUUUCUUCUUCUAUUUGCUGAUCUGUAAAAUCAAGCUAAUACCUGCCUGCUUCACAAGGGUACUGAAGAUUAAUUAAUGUUUAUUAAAAUGCUUUGAAGACAAAAAAAGUUUAAAUGUACUUUGCAUGUUACAUAUAAAUAUUAGCACUUUAUGCAAUUUUAAAUAUAAAUGUAUGUGCCAAUGCACAACGUCUGGCCCGUCCACCGGCAAAUGAGCAGCAAACAGGCCUGUCAGAAGUUCCUGUAUGAAAAUAUCAACCAAGAUAAUUCCCAUUUGAGAAUCUGGAAAAGCAGUUGGUUAGGAGGAAAGGGUGGAGAAGUGGCCCUCUGGCCUGAUAAAAUGAGUUUCCGUAGAAGAGGACAAGGUGAGUGAGAAUAUCUUUUACUGGACCAACUUCUACUGAUGAAAGAGAAGGGCUUUCACUCCACCAGAGCUGAAGGUCUCAAGAGAAGGGAGCUGGAAAGCUUGUCUCCUCUUUCACCCUCAGAAGUUGAUCCAAUACAAACUCUUAGCUCACCCACCGUGUCUCACACCCCCUGGGACCAACAUGGCUGCACCACCACAGCGCCUCUAAAGCGCCUCUUCUUGGGAAGUGACUAGGACGUGGCAGGUACUGACUGAAGCCUUAUUGCCUGCUCUUUCACAAUGAAAGCCAUGGAGGAUCAAGUGGUGCAAGAAGAGCUAGGGUACCAGGAUGAUGAGGAAUCCUUGUUUCAGGAUAUUGACCUGUUACAGAAACAUGGAAUUAAUGUGGCUGAUAUUAAAAAGCUGAAGUCCGUGGGAAUCUGUACUGUCAAAGGGAUCCAGAUGACAACGAGGCGGGCAUUGUGCAAUGUGAAAGGGCUUUCAGAGGCCAAAGUGGACAAGAUCAAAGAAGCAGCCAACAAGCUAAUUGAACCAGGAUUCUUGACUGCCUUUGAGUACAGCGAGAAAAGGAAGAUGGUGUUUCAUAUCACCACUGGGAGCCAGGAAUUUGAUAAACUAUUGGGUGGUGGGAUUGAAAGCAUGGCAAUCACAGAGGCCUUUGGAGAAUUCCGAACAGGCAAAACCCAGCUUGCCCACACCCUUUGUGUGACAGCUCAGCUUCCAGGAGCAGAUCGCUACACAGGAGGAAAAAUUAUCUUCAUUGAUACUGAAAACACUUUCCGUCCAGAUCGUCUUCGUGACAUCGCUGAUCGCUUCAACGUAGACCAUGAUGCAGUGCUUGACAAUGUGCUGUAUGCACGUGCAUAUACCAGUGAACAUCAGAUGGAGUUGCUUGACUACGUAGCAGCCAAAUUUCAUGAGGAAGCUGGAAUCUUCAAGCUAUUGAUCAUUGACUCCAUAAUGGCGCUCUUCCGUGUAGAUUUCAGUGGCCGUGGGGAGCUGGCUGAACGGCAACAGAAACUAGCUCAGAUGCUAUCAAGGCUCCAGAAAAUCUCAGAAGAAUAUAAUGUGGCUGUGUUUGUGACCAAUCAGAUGACUGCUGAUCCAGGAGCAACUAUGACUUUUCAGGCAGACCCUAAGAAGCCCAUUGGCGGCCACAUCCUUGCUCAUGCUUCAACCACAAGGAUUAGUUUGCGGAAAGGAAGAGGGGAGUUGCGUAUUGCCAAGAUAUACGACAGCCCUGAGAUGCCUGAAAAUGAAGCUACAUUUGCAAUAACUGCUGGAGGGAUUGGGGAUGCCAAAGAGUAGAUGGAAAACUGGUGCAAAUCUCCUUUUGAAAACAGCCCAUGCACCUCAGAUGAAGCCAUGGUAUCCAAGGUCUGACUCCUUGGUUACUUAGUGUUUUUCAUACACAAUUUGGAAAGUUUAAAAUUAGAAGAAUGCCGGGAAGAGCUUUUUAGGUAUCAUAUUUCAAUAAUCUUAACAGUUCCUUGUUCACCUUAGUGCUAUUUUAAAAUGAUCUUUCAAGCAGCCAGAAGUUGAAAAAGCACAGAAAUGUGACUUGUUCAAGGAAUACCUUCCUUGUGAUUCAGGAGAAGCAAAGCUGUUUUGUUACAUGGGCUUAAUGUGCACUUUUUAUGAUUUCUUGGGAAAGGAAUGUCUUUGGAAUAGACUAUAUUGGCAUGGAAUGGAACAGCAUUGAAACACAGUUUUUAAAAAAUAAUGAGUAACUAGCAGACAGAGGGAAAGUGCAGUGAAAGAGAGAGAAGAAUGGGUGAACUUCCUAAUGUUUCAUUGACAGUAGAGGAAUGAUAGUUGCUUGAAAAGAUUUUUAGAAAUCUUGAUUAGAUUAUUUAUUUGUUUUUAAAGUGCCUGUAUUUUUGUUUUGGAAUAUUUAAAGCUGUUAUCUAUUUUUUAUACCUAGGAAAAAUGCUAAAUUAAAACAUCUCUCUUUAUGCUUGUGUGCAAUACAGGCAACGCACAGUUUGAGUGAGAUCCUGGUUCUGUGAGUAGUCUCACAGAUUUUGUUGUGAGAAUUUGCAUGAGUGAACUAAUGGGAUAUAGCCCAACAUUAUAAUGCUUCAGAUAUUUUUUAAAAAUAAAGA